GGAGCAACUUCCUCAAAACUCCAGCAUAUAAAGAGGUCGUCCACUAACCCAGUUUCAAACCAACAUUCACCUUUUGUUCUGAACUUCUGGAAAUCAGGGCAUAAUGCAUGCAUUUGGUGGAAUCACCCUGCUUGUGGUGGUGUGGGGUGGACUAGCUCACACUCUGGAGAACCUCACACUCGAUGAAGCAUGGGAGGACUGGAAACUCACCCACAAGAGGGAGUACAAUGCCCUGGAUGAAGAGUCUAUUCGACGGGCGAUUUGGGAGAAGAACAUGCAGUUUAUUGAGGCCCAUAACAGAGAGUACGAACUGGGGAUUCAUACCUAUAAUCUGGGCAUGAACCAUUUUGGAGAUAUGACACUAGAAGAAGUGGCAGAGAAAGUCAUGGGACUUCAAAUGCCCAUGUUCCGGGACCUAACUAACACAUAUGUGCCUGAGGACACAGUGGAGAAGUUGCCCAAAUCAAUUGACUACCGCAAACUGGGAUACGUAACCUCUGUCAAGAACCAAGGUUCUUGCGGCUCAUGCUGGGCCUUUAGCUCUGUCGGGGCUUUGGAAGGUCAGCUGAAGAAGACCAAAGGUCAGCUGGUGGACCUCAGUCCUCAGAACCUGGUGGACUGUGUGACUGACAAUGAUGGCUGUGGUGGAGGAUAUAUGACAAAAGCCUUCAAAUACAUCAAAGACAACCAUGGCAUUGAUUCAGAGGAGGGCUACCCCUAUGCUGGAAUGGAACAGCAGUGUGCCUAUAACAGUUCAGCAAGAGUGGCCAGUUGUAAAAGGUAUAAAGAGAUUCCUGAGGGAAAUGAGAAGGCACUGACUGCUGCCGUGGCAAAGGUGGGACCUGUAUCAGUGGGUAUAGAUGCCAUGCAGUCCACCUUCCUGUACUACAAAAGCGGUGUGUACUUUGAUCCCAACUGUAACAAGGAUGAUGUCAACCAUGCAGUUCUAGCUGUUGGUUACGGAGUCACGCCGAAAGGGAAAAAGUAUUGGAUUGUGAAGAACAGCUGGGGUGAAGACUGGGGGAAGAAGGGGUACGUCCUGAUGGCUCGUGACCGUAACAAUGCAUGUGGCAUUGCCAGCCUGGCCAGUUUCCCUAUCAUGUGAGAGCUGGAAGUACGGAGCUCACAAGGGACCAAACUUGUCUCCUGCUGACCAGUAACAAAAGGGACCCAAAAGGGCUCUUUAAAAGAAGCAGUUGAUUUGAAUACCACAAUGUUAAAUGCAUCUUCCUCUUGUGUCCUUGAUGUCUUGUUCUUAAUUCUUUCAAAUUAAGCAGUUAAAAAAAACAAUUUCUUCUUUUUUUUUUUUUUUUUUGCAAUAUUAGAAAUUUAUAAGGGAGAUUUUGAUAUUGUGAAUACAGUCUGUUAAACUUUUUCCCCCUGGUGGGAUCUGUUCUUUGACAAACUUGUUUUAUGAUGUUUUAAUUAUAUAGAGUAUUAAGCUUUUUUGUGUGACCAUAUUAAAUAAAACUGUUAAUAUUUGGGUAAAAGUAUCUAAAUGUUAUUUUCACAAAUGGUUUACUGCAAUAAAGUUUAAUGAUGUAAUGUUUAUCACACAGUUAAUACCAAGUCAAUAUUACACCUCUGUACAGAAACGUUUCCUAUUAUAAAUGACAUUCAGAGAAUAAAAUAAUAAUGCCAAGCCACAUUUAUUUAGAAUUCAGAGAACAUGGUCUCUGUAAUACAUGUACGACUCUGUACGACAUGUACGACGUAUGAAGACGUAGAUUUUUGCUGAUGAGGAAGAGAAAGCUUCAGAGUCUUUUUUUGGGGGAGAGACGAAACCAAGACAGGUCAAGAAAAGAAACAUACUGUACUAAAGAAACUAAACUGUUUAAGUAGCCUCAGCUGUUUAAACAAAAAAUAUGACAGUCAUGUGUUCACUGUUAUGAAACCUUAUGACCAUAAUUGACCCCCCCCCCCCCCCUUUUUGUAUCUUGUACCCACUUCUUCAAAUUCAACUGCUACUUAUAAUCUCUAUACUGUAUGUAAAAAGAAACAAAGUAAUAAUUGUCAGAAAUAAUUACUAAAUGACACAAUUACAAAAAUGAAGAUGAUGAAUAAAAACUUGAGCAAUGCA